AUGAUCUCAAUUUUUAAUUAAUUAAUAAAAUAAUUUUCAUCAAUCAAUCAAUAAAUUAAAGCAAACCAAGCAAUGGAUGUCAUAAAUAUGAGUAGUUCAUUCGUUCUUCCUAAACUUGUUACACAAACUAUACACGCAAGAGUGACGUCUGUCGUAAAAUGAAAGUUAUUUAAAAAAAUGGCUAAUUUCACUGAUUAUGAAUAUUUGUAGUUUUAAUAAUGUAAGUAUGUAAUCCUCAAAAUUAACGAUAAAUUUACAAUUUGUUAAAAAUAUCUGCACUGGCAACAUCGAUAUUUGAUUACAUUCGUUCAGUUCAUGAUUUCGUUCGUUCAUUUGACUUCGAUUUUCACUUGAAGUUGAAACAGUACGGUAACAUCUCUCGUAUUUUGUUUUUAAUAACGUUAACGUGUUGUAUUAUCAGUAAUCAUUAAUUAAAAACUGUGCUGUUAUUUGUGUAAAGGAUAUGCCUCCAGUAAAAGAUGAGUCUAUAAGAGAAACUAAUUGUUUAGAAAUAAUAAACAUUGUUGAGAAGAGUCCUGGCAAGAGUACUCUUGUGGAUGUAAGAGCGUGCAAUAAACCUGCCGCAAAGGUAUGGUUCCGUGGUGUGAGAAGCUCCAAAUUCCGCCAUGUUUACGGCGUACCUUUCAAACGGGAGCGUUGCUAUGACAACAUCAAAAUAACUAGGAAUGCGCACGAUUCUAAUUUCUGUGCUGUCAACCCUAAGUUCGUUGCCAUAGUGACGGAGGUGGCUGGUGGAGGAGCCUUCCUUGUUCUGCCUUUGGAUCAUACUGGCAGGUUGGACUUCAACGCGAGCCGUGUAACUGGCCACAAAGGCCCCGUGCUUGACAUAAAAUGGAAUCCUUUCAACGAUAACAUCAUAGCGUCGUGUUCCGACGACUGCACGGUAAAACUAUGGCAUAUACCGGACGGGGGUCUGUCUAUGCACCUGACGGACUGGCUGGUAGAACUACACGGCCACAAGCGACGCGUCGCUUACAUCGAGUGGCAUCCUACAGCCGAGAAUAUACUGCUCAGUGCUGGCUUCGAUUACUUGAUCUUUGUAUGGGACGUCGGCAAAGGCGAGGCGGUGAAGGUGAUAGAUUGCCACACGGACGUGAUCUACUGCAUGUCGUUCAACCGCGACGGUUCAUUGCUCGCUACCACCAGCAAGGACAAGAAACUGCGCGUCAUCGAGCCUAGGAGAGGCAUUGUUUUGUCGGAAGGCCCCUGCCAUUUAGGCACUAAAGCCUCGAAAUGCACGUUCCUUGGCAGUCAGGGCAAGGUACUGACGACUGGAUUCUCCCGCUACAGUGACCGUCAGUACGCCGUAUGGGACCAACAUGACCUGGACAAACCUCUCGUUUGCGAGACCAUUGACAGCUCUUCAGGCGUCGUGUUCCCCUACUAUGAUUAUGAUACUAAUAUAGUGUACCUGGCUGGUAAAGGCGACGGCAACAUAAGAUACUAUGAAGUUGUCGACGAAGCUCCCUACGUGCAUUUCCUCAAUCAAUUCCUCUCUGGAAACCCACAACGUGGACUAGGCUUCAUGCCAAAGCGUGGCGUGAAUACAGCAGCGUGCGAAGUAUUUCGUUUCUACAAGCUGCACACUUCACGCGGCCUCUGCGAGCCUAUCUCCAUGAUUGUGCCGCGCAAGUCCGACUGUUUCCAGGAGGACUUGUACCCAGACACUGCAGCGCCACUGCCCGCGCUGACAGCCAAAGACUGGCUCAGCGGUAUGAACUCUCCGCCUUUGCUCAUCAGUAUGAAGACAGGAGUGACAAUCUCGACCCACAAGCCUCGGACCAACAACAAGGACGCGCCGGCCAUGCAGCCUCAGGACGCCAACAACAGGAAGAAGUUUGCCUUCCUCUCUCGGGAGACCACGCCCGACUACCGCCCACUGGGCACCUGGCAACCCAACGACCAUAACAAUGAUACUGAACAUCUCGAUGUGCAAGUGAAUGAAAAAUCUCAGAAGACGAGCGCCAACCAGAACACGAAGUUCCAUCAACUGCAGCGUAUGUUUGGCAAGCAGACUGGAGACGCUGAGCCCGUCCCGCUGUACAAGCAGAUCAAUCAGGGAGACGUGUUCAGUACUGAACAUGAGUUACGCCUCGCAUUUAACCGUCAAGGCGAAGAGUUGAGGAUCGUGAAGAGGCAGCUACAAAAUAGUCAGCAGCGAGUUCGUGAGCUCGAGCAGUUGGUGGCCGCGCUACAGGCGAGGCUGCAGCGCGACGGAUCGUAAGCCCACCUCGCCUCUACAUGUCCUUGUCUUAUCGAGCGAACACGCUUCAGCUCUGCGUCAGAAAUUGACGAGCAAUGAAAACAAGACCUCGCGCACUACCGAAGGUCUAAGACCACUGGUCGCAUCUUCACUUGAUAAUUGAUACAAUCAAGUAUUUAAGCCUUCUAUUAUAUUUUGUGCCACACUAAAUAUAAGCUACUUCUACACAACAGCGACCAGUGGUAAUUAAAGCUCACGUAGCGCGAGACACUUGGAAAUGUUCGUUACAAAUGCUUGUAAAAACGUCGAUCAAGCUUUAAGCACUUGAUCUGUUCUUAGCCUUGUAUUCUAUAUUAUUUAAAGUUAAGUUGUCAUUCCCUAGUCUUAACCACGUCUUAAUGUUGUCACAAGUUAAAGUACUAGUAAGAUAGACUAUGUUUAAGGAACGCGUUGAUGCGCAAGUGAUGUAAGGAUCAAAUAUUUAAGCGUGGAAAGGAAGAUUUACUUCAUAGUAGACGGUAUUGAAUACUAUUUAAGUCUGUAGUGACCUUAUUCUUUCAUUCAUCAAUCAGUAAUUAUUUAUAAAACGCAAUGCUAAAUAGCAGACUUGACUAAUAUUGUUGGGUUCACUACACCAAUUUUAUAUUAAUUAUAUUUCUAUGCAACUUUUGUAGUUUUGUUUUUACAUUUUUAGUUAUUAUUAUUAUUAUUUUGUUCGCUCAAAUUAUGAGAUCAUGACAUCUGCAGGGCAGUUUAUUAUUAUAAUGGGAUCAAAAUGAAUCAUUCCAAAAACUAUAUUUUGGCUUAAUUGGCAGCUAAGCUUAUUGUGAUUGUCGUUUAUUUGAAAUUAAUGUAGGCUUCUAAUUAUAAGGCCUAUGAAUUUUUUAACAAACAAGUUAAUUGCUUUAUUGAAAAAAAAGAAAUGUGAUACGACCAUGACAUUCUACUAAAUGUUCAUGUCACAAACUAUUGUUUAUUAUUACUUUGUGUAUGUGAUUUAACUAUUUUCUAUACCAUUGUGUAUAUGGAUUCCGAAUCGAGGUUAUGAUUUCAAUAUAUUUUAAUUGACAUGGAAUAAUAUAGUAAUUGUUCAACUUGCCUAAUCGUUGACAUUUAAGAUAUGAAGAAGAACGAAUGUCUAUAUGUUAAAAUCUUGUUACAAAUUAAUAUUAGGCUGAUGAUCUCGUGAAAGGCACUUUUUACUAAGCACUUCAUGUUAUUCCCAUUUUUUAUAGUUGUAGUCGCACAUCCAUUGGGCAAUUAUUCAUGUUUGGCAGCGUUGAACAAUGCAACGAACCUACAUCGCAAGUAUAUCCUUUGGCAGCAUGUUGCCGACGACUGUUGCGAAGCGAAAUCAUGACAGACAACAUUGCUAAACAAUUUCGCGCUGAUCCAACGUUGCCUAGUGGAUUCGCGGCUGUUGACAUCUUGUUUGUUAAUGAUUGUGUUAAUAGUCUGAUUUAUGUAAUAGCGUUACCUGUUAUUUUAUACUUGUGUUUUGUAUUUCCUAUGUAUUUUGACAGCAUUGUUUUACACUAAUUUUCGACGAUCAAGCAUUUACUUUCAUUACUUGUUGAACGCUAGUUUAUAUUCAUGAAUGGUAUUCCUACAUUGCAAAUGAAAUUGUACAAAAAAGUGAACCUGAACUUUUUCUGUACAUAAUUUUAGUUAGAUUAGAGUUCCGAGCUAGCAUCGUAAUAGUUUCACAUUAUACAUAGGUGCUGGAUUUCUCAAGACCUUCAAGCCGUUUUGAUUUACAUUGUUAAUGAGUGAAAAUUUUAAUUAGCUUUGAAAAUGUAUUUUAAAGGUACUUAGUGGCUUUAAUAAUUGUAUGCAUUAUUUGUGUACCAAUUGCAAUAAAAUGCCAUGGAACGCCUAUAUAAAAGAUAAAAUUUUGUAAUAAUUAAGUAAAUCUGAAUGAUAACAUUCCAUUUUUCAGUAUAAAACGCAUAAUAUUAGUGUUGUAAGUGAAAAUGAAAGUAUUAUUGUGCAUUAGCUGGAUUAUUUACUUGGCUAAGUCGGUGUUAAUAUUUAUUAUGUAUUUUUAUAUCAUGCUUAUGUAGCACAAAUUUUCAAUAAAUGUUUGGAUAGUA